CUCUCUGGACAGGCGUGAAAGAUGCGCAUUUAGGACCCUGAGGCGUGUUAUUUUUAAGCUCGAUGUGCAGCAGACCACCACGUCUGUGUAAAAUCAAGUCACAGCGUUAUUACAGCCUGAUACGGAACUUCACAGUCACUUUCUGAGUGAGCAAACUGCAGCCGACGCAAUGAGAGAACUGCAUUUCAAAGAUAAUUUUUGGAACACUGAAAUCAUCAGCACAGCUGGAUAUGACAGCAUCAUCCAGCACUUGAAUGACGGCAAGAGGACGUGCAAAGAAAUCGAGGAUUUCAUGAAGGCCAGAGCUGCGAUAGAAGAAAAAUAUGCCAAGGAACUGCUCGGUUUGUCCAAGAAAGUGUGUGGACACAGUGAAAUGAAGAUCUAUAGUCAGAAUGUGUCCUUGUUGGGGAAGAUGAGAGAGGAGUGGCUGAACGAGCAUGUCAAAGCAUGUGAGUUUUUUGAGAAACAGGAAGUGGAGAGGAUCAGCACCCUGAGAAACGUUGUGUGGACCCAUCUCAACCAUCUCUCCCAGCAGUGUGUCUCCAGCGAUGAGCUCCUUGAGGAAGUGAGGAAGUCACUGGAGCAAUGUAACAUUCAAGAAGACAUUGAGCAUUUUAUCAACCUCAGAAGAACUGGAGACAAACCACCAGCAUCUGUUCCAUAUGAGAACUUCUACAAUAAUCAGAGAUCAGCUCCCACUCGGUCACUUCCCACAGCUGGCAGGAGAGCUGCAGCACCUCCACCACCAACUGCAGAAAGUAUGAAAAUAUUAUAUGCAUAUAGCCAGUGUUGGGGGUAA